AUGGAUGACUGUCCUUUCGCCUGCGGCUAUUUCGGAUACAAGCCAGGCUCUUGCAGGAGGUUCGGUGGCGACCCAUUGACGUGGCAAGUAGGGGCACUAAGACCAGUCCCAGCCUGCAUAGGGCCGUGUCCACAGGAUCAUGAGCCCACUUGCGUCGCCAAAGGAUAUAAGGGAGGCGCUUGUAUAGGAACGGGCGGCGCCCCACUAGCCUGCUGUUGUAACUCGGCCUGA